CUCGCAAAGUUAGCUAGUAAGUCGUAAUAGAUUCUAGUACAAUUGUAAUAGUUCGCCCAACUCUAAAAUACAAAGUUGACAUGUAUGACACACCAAUUAUUUGUGUUCUAUGAGUGUUUCUCCUUCUCAUUGUGACUUCUUGUUUGUUUAUAUGUUUUGUGGUUUUUGAUUUCCAAAUUUUUCUAAAAACAUACACAGUAAGUAAGUUAAGAGCAUUAAUGAAAAUUUUACAGUCAAUCCAUAGCAUUUCUUACUUCAGCAAGCUGUUCCAAGGGACUUUGUUGAAGAAUACAAAAAGAUAUUUGUCAACUCGCACCAUGAGGUACAUAGAACAGGAGGAAGCGAUCAGCAUCGACCAGGAGCUGUUCAACGAUUACAGAUUCUCUGUGGAUCAGCUCAUGGAACUGGCCGGGCUUAGCUGUGCUACAGCCAUUGCAAAGACGUACUCAAUGGAGAAAGUUGGAAACAAAUCUAUAUUAGUAAUCUGCGGUCCCGGCAACAACGGCGGCGACGGCCUGGUGUGCGCGCGCCAUUUGAAGGUGUUCGGUUAUAAGCCGGUGAUAUACUAUCCGGUACGCACCGAGAAGCAACUCUACAACAACCUGACCACUCAGUGCACGAACAUGGCGGUGCCUUUCUUGCAAAUGCUGCCCGAACUGUCGACGGUCGAAUGCACGUUCGCGCUGAUCGUCGACGCCGUGUUCGGGUUCAGCUUCAAACCGCCGGUGAGGGAGGCGUUCGUCGCAAGCAUCGAUCUCAUGAAGAAGGCUACGGUGCCUGUUGUCAGUAUCGAUCUCCCUUCGGGCUGGCACGUGGAUAACGGCGAGCCCGAAGAGCGAAGCGGCCUACUUCCCGAAAUGCUGAUAUCGCUGAUGUGCCCGAAAAGGGGCGCGCUCGAUUUCAGAGGAAUCUACCACUAUUUGGGAGGCAGAUUCGUGCCGGCCGCGUUGGAGGAAAAGUACGAGCUGAACCUGCCGGAGUACCCGGGAACGGACUGCUGUGUCCUCAUCAGCUGCGAUUGCGAGGAUGAGGAACAUCAGAAAGAGCAUUAGACCCGCAAAAAUCGGGCUACAUUAUUUGAUGUUUUUAGGGAAACAAAUCGAAAUGUAGUAAUCGGCGAUUUGUCUAGCGGUAUUUUUUAAUAAAUAUUGUCGACUGUGUAGGAUUAUCUUGAACAGGAGAAGCAUCCGUUUUUUAUUGUUUCUAAUUAAUGUUGGCCGUGGAAUAUUUGAUUUUUGUACUCUUUCACCUGUGUGAACAUAGCCCUCCAAAAAAUUAUCACACAAUCUACAGAUAUUUUUCUUUUGAAAAAAAAUACCUCUAGACGAAUCACACAUACACACCAGAGCAGAUGUACGUUUAAGAAAUCCAAAAGGCUGAUACACUUAGUUCAAUGAAUCUCGUUUUUGUGUGUUGACAUGCGUAAUUUCGUACAAAGUUACGUGCUCUUCAUGCAGCGCGUUAUCGGAUCCAUUUUAAGAAGAAAACUUUAUAUGAACCUAAACGUCUCAACUUUUGAGAUACCUUCAGUUUUCAAAAAUAAAUAUUUUAUCAUCUUCUGACCAAUCAGAAUUCUCUUGAUCACUUUCAGAACCGCUGAUUUCUGAUAUUUUUCCAAGAGCAAUUUUCCACUUCUGAUGACGGAUCGGCAUAUAUUUUGCCAUCCUAGUACAUUUUGAUAGAUAUUUUUUUAAGCUUGUUAGCGAUAUUUGAAGGCAACGAUAGAAGAAAAGGAUCUAUUUAAUUAGAAAUAUCGUCACGUGGGGGGCAAGGUUUGCUCUGUGUUGAGAAGACUCGCUGGUGAGGAGGCACAAAAAAAUCAAAGUGUAUUAACAAAAUAAAAGUACAAUGAUCAGGUAGUCAAAGGUCCAGUUUUAAAGCAGGAAUUAUCCCACGUGUCCGCCAUUCAAUUUUUAUAAACCUUUACAGAUCAUGCAACAACAGAAACGUCCGAGGAAAAAGAUGGAAAUAACAACUAUCUGGUAAGUUGGGAGGAGGAACCAAAGUUCCCUGGUCAUCAAAUAUUGGUCUAGAAUGUUGUGUCUAUACAUAGGUUGACAAAAAUUUCUUCUUAAAAUUGACUUGAAAAUCGACCCCCUAUUCACUUCGGAAUAAGUACAAACUAACUGGUAGAUCAGACAACUAUAUUGAUAAGUAAUCAAUUUGAAACUCUUGAUAGUUAAUUAUACACAUGGUUGACACAUUUCAUUUAGGGAAAUUUCACACAUUUAUUAUAAAUCAAAAGAUACUAGCAAACUUACUGAAUAGUUCAAAAUUCUUUUUAUCACAUAAAAUACUCUUCGUCGUUUUUGGAAACAUAUAUAGCAUGAUUCAUGUUUAUCUAGAUAUAGGAAUAUAUAUUAUCAUCAUUAUUAAAAAGGUAGAAUAGUUUUAUUUUAUACAUGUUUUUCAAGAAUGAAGGGUUUCCUUCAUAUUAAUCUUGCCGUAAAAAUGCAAUACAUUUUGGAGAUAAGGAAAUGCCUAAUUUUCAAAUGAAGACUUUCUAACUGAAAAUGUAAUGUGUUUAUUAUGAACAGGGUAUUAUAUACAUGCAUUAAACUAGAUUUAUAAAAUAAAUGUAUGACAACACUUUCAGUUGUAUAAUUUUUUAUCCUUACCAUUUAAUCUUGAUCUUGAAUUUAAAACUGAGUAGCCAAGUUUUCCUUGACCUCCACGACUUUCUAAAAUACCAGGAAAAAAUAACCUUUUCAACUUGAUUGUUUGGCAAUGAGGUCGUCUUACAUUGAAACGAUAACUUUCUCACGAAAUUUUAUUGACAAGUUAGAAGAAAAAAAAUUAAUAGUGUUGGGCCACCCAGCAGCUGAAUAUACUCCUAUAUAUUACUAGGCAUCGACUAAAUGAGAUGAUCGAUAUCUGGUUGUGGCAUCUAAUUUAAUGAUUACCUAUGGCAGACUGUGAAAAGUGGAUAGUCUCCUACUCAUCAUAUCCAACACAUGUUUGAUGGGAUUUAAAUCUGGUGAAAGUGGUGGCCACAGCAAAACAUUGCCUUCUUCUAGAAGAAAGACUAGUAUGAUGAGCAAUAUAGGGACAUGCAUUGUCUUAACACACAGCACUCAUAUUACCACUGAGUAUAAGUUUAUAAUAGUCACUAAAAAGGCAUUGAAUGAAGUCUGUAGAAUAUUUUUAUUUUAUGUGUCAGUUUUACCAGACGUGUUCCCUUCAAAUAAAUUUUACCAAAAAAAGCAAUACAUUUUAGAGACAAAGAAAUGCCUAAUUUCCAAAAGAAAACAUUGUAACUAAAAAUGUAAUGUGUUUAUUAAUGAACAGGC